GCUGAUUUUAAUUAAUGAAGAAAGUAAUUGUAUAAUUUGAAUGCAAGUUAUCGCUUCAUACGUUGGUAACCAUUAGAAUAAUGGUUAAAAAUAUAAAUUUUAUAAAAUACUUGUAUUACAAUUCUGUUAAAUAUCAUCAAAGGGUUUUAAUGAGACGUAUGAGUUCAGACUCAAGGAAAUAUGUAGAUGUGGAAAAAAUAAGGAACUUUAGCAUUGUAGCUCACGUCGAUCAUGGCAAGAGCACUUUAGCUGACAGACUUCUUGAGUUAACCGGUGUAAAGAAACCGGGCGAUGAACAAUCUCAAGUUUUGGACCAACUACAGGUUGAAAAAGAAAGAGGAAUUACAGUGAAGGCAGUCACGGCUACUCUAGACUACACAUAUAACAAUGAGACAUACCUACUCAAUUUAAUUGACACUCCUGGACAUGUGGAUUUCUCCAAUGAAGUAGUGAGAAGUGUAACAGCAUGUCAAGGAGUCAUUAUGCUGGUGGAUGCUAAUGAAGGUAUUCAAGCACAAACAGUAGCUGUUCAUUCAUUAGCUAAGAGAAACAAUUUAGUAAUAAUACCAACACUAAACAAAGUGGAUCUUCCAAGAGCUAACCCUGACAAAGUGAAAGAACAGUUACAAUCAGUUUUCAAAAUAGACCCUAAUACAGUUUUAAGCAUAUCAGCAAAAAAAGGUUGGGGUGUGCGAGAGCUACUAGAAGCUGUAAUAAUGAGGAUCCCACCACCAAAAGUUGUCUUAGAUGAUCAUUUCAGUGCUCACAUAAUAGACACAUGGCAUGAUAAAUAUAGAGGGGUUUUGUGUUUGGCAUAUAUUACUUCAGGGACAGUUAAAGUUGGACAAGCAGUGAAAUGGCAAUCUGAUUCGAAAUUACAAACAGUGAAGCACUUGGCACUGUUGAGACCUACUGAGGAGCCCAUUGAUGAAGCUAUUGCAGGUCAAGUUGUAAUGGUAGGUUGUGGACCAAAAGGCGGUGGUUCUGUUGGGGAUCAAUUAGUAGCUAAAGAAUUAGCUAAUGCUAGUGAAAGACUAUCUGCACCUGCAGUGAAGCACAUGGUCUACGCUGGUAUAUUUCCUGCAGACCAAUCACAGCAUAUAUUACUGAGUGAUGCAAUCAAGAAAUUAGCUUUAAAUGAUUCGGCUGUUUCAGUUACGAUAGAUUCAAGUCCAGCUCUAGGUCAGGGAUGGCGUAUUGGAUUUCUGGGCUUGUUGCACUUAGAUGUUUUUACACAACGUUUAUUGCAAGAACACAAAGCCGAGGCAAUUCUCACAGCACCUUCAGUGCCCUAUAAAGUUAAAAUAAAAGGAGCCAAACUUAUAAAACAUUACAAGACUGAUGAAAUUUUAAUCACAAAUCCUUUACAAUUACCGGACCCAAACAAUGUAGUAGAAUAUUUCGAACCAUUUGUUAAAGGUACAAUAAUUACACCUGUAGAAUACAUAGGCGCGGUGACAUCCCUGUGCAUAGACAGACGGGGCACACCCCUACCGUCCAGCGCAGUCGACGACACGAUGACCAUGUUACAGUUUAUCCUACCGCUAUCCGAAAUCGUCGUCGAUUUUCACGAUACAUUAAAAAGCAUAACUUCAGGAUUCGCUAGCUUUGAUUAUGAAGAUGACGGCUUUCACUCCAGCUCUUUGGUCCGGAUGGAUAUAUUAAUCAAUGGCAUGCUUGUUGAUGAAUUAUCAACAAUAGUGCACGCUAGUCGACUAGAGUAUAAUGCGCGGAGAUUAGCUGAGAAAUUAAAAGAAAUGAUCCCUAGGCAAAUGGUGCAGGUUGCCAUACAAGCAGUAGUGGGGGGAAAAGUAUUGGCACGAGAAACCAUAAAAGCCUACAGAAAAGACGUCACCGCUAAAUUGUACGGCGGCGACGUUACUCGAAGAAAGAAAUUAUUAAAGCAACAAGCCGAGGGUAAGAAAAAAAUGCGCAGCGUUGCGAACAUCAAAAUUCCGAGAGAUACGUUUAUAGACGUGUUGAAAAAAUAGAAAUAAAAUUCUCAUUCAAAUAA